AUGGCGAACAAGCCCCGCCCCCUCCGCAUCUCAUUACCGCCCGCUGAACACGCGCAGCCUCGCUCUCCUCUCCAUAAACCCAAGCAGGUGUCCAAGAUGGCUAACGCUCGCUUCGGAUCUCUUGCGACUAUUCUCUUUUUCACCACCUUUCAAGCGGCUCUUCAUAAAGAUCACGGACUGGAUCCUGGAGCAGUAUUACGCAUCGGCAGGCUGCGUGCUGCGUGGCUCCGUUCAGAACUGCGCGGCACUUAG